AUGGAUGCCGCCAAACAACGUGUGGGAGAAGUAGUUGGUGCCGUAAAGAAUAACGUAACCAUGGCAACCGAAAGCGGUCUACGCGUGGUGCGCCAAUACUCCGACGAGGGACGUACCUUAGCGCUGCGAACUCUUAACGAGGCCAACAGUGAGGCUGGAACGGUGCUCAGAAAUGCUUGGACGAGUUUAAUACAGCUGGUACAGCGGCUAAAAACAUCGGCUCGUGAUGUCCUAGACCCAUCCGUACUGUACGAAGAGUUGCGCAUAUUUUUCCGCGAUGAAAUUGCCCGCAACAAUGCGUUCGCGAUACUGAUCGGGCUCGGGUUCGGUACGACCGGUGGCUUCAUGCUGGGAAUGUGGCUGGCCAGGCCCCAUCUACCGACGCCGAUCAUGAAAUCGAUUGCUUCCACAUCGUUCCGCGAUCCGGACAAUGUGGUCGUUUGCCAAACGGCGGUACCACAUUUUCAAUCCGCCUCGGACAUAAUGGUGCGCGUGCGGGCGGCCUCACUGAACCGAAUCGAUCGACGGAUCGCGUUCGGGUAUGGACGAACGUUGCGGCGCAUGAUACGGACGUACAACAGUACAUACGAUCCGGAACUCCCUCUAGUGCUCGGGCGAUCGUGUGCCGGGAUCGUGGAAGCGGUUGGCACCGGUUCGCAGAGUGGGCUAGAAAUAGGUGAUGAAGUGUGGUUUGCUACGCACUGGUACGAACCCGGCGUUGCUUCCGAGUUUGUGGUCGUGCCGGAAAUGCGCGUGUCGCGCAAACCGUUCCUGAUCGGCUUCGAAGGUGCGGCCAGCUUACCAUACAGUGGCUCGAUCGCACUCAACCUGCUCGAUUCACACAACCUGAACGAACACACCAGCAAGGGCCGUAGAAUACUGGUACAGGACGCUUGCUCACCGGUCGGGUGCGUUAUUACGCAGCUCGUUCACAAAUGGGGCGCACAAGUUGCUGCCACUUGCCAUACCCGAUCGGUUCCGGUGAUUAAUAAUCUCGAGGAAAGAGGUGCAGCGGAUAUAAUCACCUUCGCCAACGAACACUUCCGAUCGAACUUUAUCGACGUUAACGUGGAUAAAUCCAACUUCAUCAACGAGCUAACGUCGAGGGAAAAGUUUCACUUUAUCUUUCUCACCACCCGCCUUGGGUACGAUUACAAAUUUCUGGAAAAGUUCCUUACCAAAGAUGGUGUGAUAGUGGACGCGGUCGAACCGGAACUGUCCACGGACGAUUACGGUGUGAUCGGGCGGUUCUUUCUCGGCACUUACGUACGCUGCCGAAAGGUGUUUGCGCUGCUGUUUCGCACCAACGUCGAUUGGGGUGGGCCACAUCUAUGCCAUCUGGUGCUGGAACGUUUGGCCGGUUUCGUGAAUGAUGAAACGCUUAAAACCGUCGUCGAUCGGGUGUACACACCGAACGAGGUGGAACGGGCACUAGAACACAUAUGCAGCGAGAAAAGCAUCGGCAGUACGAUUAUCACUUUCCGGUAG